CCAUAGAGCUCACUCAAGCGAUGUAAAGCUGAUUCGAGAUAAAUAAAGAAAUUAAUAAUAAUCAAUUUGAAUGGGCAAUGGGCAAAGUUACGAAAAACAAGAUGGUGGUAAAGCAUUGCCCGAAUUGUGAAAAUCAGGUUCCAGUAGCAUGUAAAGAGUGUAGAUGUGGACAUGCAUUCUUCACCAAGAAGCUUCUACACUCACAUUCUGGAGGAGGAGAAGGAGUCUCGGUAGCAGGAGAAGGAGCAGCAGGAGCAGGAGGAGGCACAUGCAUGGAAGAUAGCAGUGGAGUAAAGAGAAGGCGUACUGAGAGAGUGAGGAGGGAGAGACCAGACUACUACAGUGCUAGUGAAUUUGAGAAUCAUCUCAGAAGGAUAUCAACAUCAAAAUCAGGAGAAAAGGGGGAGGACAAAUCAUCAAAGAAGAAGAAACAUAGAAGAGGUCGACCAAAAGGAUCCCAGAAUAAGUCAAUAGAGGAGAUUGAGGAAGAAAGAGAGAAAGAUUUAUAUUCCAACCUACCAACUGAAAAGGCCUUUGUGUAUGCUGUAGUUCUAGCUGAAAUCAAUGAGAAGCUUCAAACGCAGAGUCAGGAAUGGAAACCACCAACUGAUCUACAUCUCAAGAAAAGAUCAAAGAAAACAUGACCAGAAUUGAGAGUGUGAUCGCUCACUCAGUAAGCAAGGAUAUAAAUCUUUCAGACAAACAUCGAUGCAUGGUGUCCAUAGCCUGAUUCAAACUAUUUCACAUCAGAUAGACAUUCUAUAUGGAUACAAGGAGCAUUCUUCUGCAUGAAUGGGCUUGAUGAAUAGAGAGAGAGAGAGAUAGAGACUCAAAAUGACACAUUUGUGGACAGUGGGGAGAGAAGAUACACUUGGUCUUAAUCUUACAAUCCUUGAUUGUGUCAUGAAAUGUGAAGCUGCAAUAUUGAAGAUGCCCCUUCCUCCUGGUCAAGGUCAAGCUAGUAACCAUGGCACACAGGAACACAGCUCUAGAGGAAAAUUCACUAAUCUAGGCGUUACCUUUGUUAUCUAUUUCGCUGUCAACAGAAAUUAAUUAUCUUUCUACUGUCAUCUUUUUAACAUGUAGACUACUGAAUUCUCUCAGUCUCAUAGACUUAAUGCAGGAUCCACCCUGUUCCUGCAGGCAAUAGGUUAAGUGAUCAUCAGUAUAUCGUCAGUUUGGAGCCACAAGGGCAUCGACUCAUAUAUACUGGAACCCAGAGUUAACGCCCUUCUGGCACCAAACAGAUGAUACGGCAUCCAGUUCAAUUGUGUUCAUUUUUGCUUUAAAUGUAUUACAUCUCAGCCACUGUGGUGCUGGAGAAUAACAUGCCCUGUUUUUCUAUCCAUGGUUAAUGUAUCCAGACAUUAAUUCACAAGAGUGUGGAAUCCUGACAGGAUGUAGGAUGAAGCUAGGCUGAUAAAGGUUGCCUCUUGUCAGGUUUCCCUUUUCUAGGCAAUAUGGAGUAGGUUUUAACAUACAGGUGUACAUGUAUUUAGGUACUGGAUAAAGGGAUUUUGUGUGGGGAAUAAGAGGUCGAUGUUCAUGGAGUCCUGGUUACAAUAUAUACUAUUAAAGAUCUGGUCACCCUAAUAAGUUUGUUUAAAAUUGAUAACCUGUUAACUCUGCAUAACUCAAAGAUUCCCAAGUCAAAUUUUCUGUAAGUCAAAUUGAUUAUGCAGACCAAACUAUGCAUGAUUUAACAAA